ACCUGAUCUGGAGUCUACAGAGCACGCCUAGGCUUGUAGACUUCACAUUUGCCGUACGAGACGACGAGUGCAGAGAGCUGGCCACAGAGGUCAUCGAUACCUUCACGCAGACCGUGGUCCCGUGCUACCCCAACAUGCAGAGAGGUCUGCUGCAUGGAGACUUCAAUGAGCAGAAUAUCAUCGUUAGGCCUAAGCCAGGCACGGUGGAUCAUGCUCAGCCAGAAUACCAAGUAGCUGGGUUUAUUGACUUUGGUGACAGUCACAGAUCAUACUACGUAUUUGAGUUGGCAGUUCUGAUAGCUCACGUGAUGCUUAAAAACGGGGGAAUAGGUCUAAUCGAGGUCGGAGGUCACGUGAUAGCUGGAUAUUUCAGCGUGAAGCCAUUGUCGGAUUUAGAGUUUGACUUGUUAAAGGUGUGUGUGGCGAGUAGGUACACGCAGGCGUUGGUCAUGAGUGAGUACACGUACACACAGGUUGACCCGGGAAACCAAUACCUGCUGACCACGGGCAAAACGGGAUGGCCGCAGCUAAAGCGUCUGUGGUCAACGCCAAAGGAAGAGAUCAAAGCCACGUGGAAGGCGAUCAUGAAUACGUACACGUAGUUUGCGCUAAUGGGAAGACUCGUGCUAAUGUAAACUGCAAAGACUGCAAGAGUGAGCAUCAUGCAGCUACCUCCUCGAAUGCAGAAGUGAGUGGAAACAGCCGAGUAGCCGAAGCAGGCGAGAGACGUUGCUGAUGGGAACAGUGGCGUUCUACUUCUCAGCGAUAAUUCAGUUUCACUCAGAACACCAUUGGAAAUACUUUUGAAUUCUUGGAAAUGAGAAUUUCUGCCAGAUAACAGGCGUCACAACUUUUUCGUGGCUGUAAUUUUAUAUACAAAUUAAGCUAUAGGUGAGAAGAAUUUUAUCAAAUCUAGCAGAAGUGAAGUUCGAGCUUUUCAAAAAGCUAUGCAUUGAUUAUUUUGCUUAUAAUUUAGCUGGUGUGCCUUACACCUGCUAUAAGACAUUGCUUUACACCAUGAAUUUAGAAUCCACUUUCUGCUAACAGCGUGCGACUGCUAACUUCCUGCUCAAACUCCGCGUAUGUAAACUACGAACCGGUUUUUAUGCUGGCUGCAUUAUAGCAGC